GCCGGCCGGGUGCCCCCACCUGCAUAAUCACACCCCCUUCUCUGGCCUUUCUGCCAAGACUCCCUCAGCCCCCAAAGGUUCCGGCCCUCUUCCUUUUCCUUACCUGCCUCUAGUUUGACUUGGACCAGUUACAUUUAGCUCUUUGCUUUGAGGCCCACCUGUUCAACAGGUGUGCCACUCUGAUCCCCUGCCCCUGCCCAAGCUGUUGCUCUGCUUUCUGCUUCCUUCCCUGUGCUCCCUGCCUGAUUUGCUGCUUUGGUUUUUGAUCCCUGCCCCAUCUGUCACUGUGCUGCCUGUCCGCGCCCCCAUUAGCCGUAUGCCAUACAUAGAGGCUGCCUGUGCCACAGGUUGGCUACCCCUGAUUUAUGUUAUGGCUUGAUGGUAGUGAUAAUCUGGGCCUUCUUUUCAGCAUCCUUUGACUCAGAAACUCUAAAUGCCUCUCUCUUACAUCUGCAAAUAUGCCUCCAUGUCUUCUGUUUUGGUUCAGAACUCCAGCUUGCCUCUGCUAUCAUCCCUGAACUUUUCUUUUCCCAUCUCAGUAAAUUGGCCUUUCAUUACCUCCACCGUGUCAUCCAUGUAUUCAAAUGCCUCAGUUCUGCCUUUGCUAUCCUGACUUGCAACUCCUCAAUGUAUGCCCAGACUCAGACCUCCCUUUCCAGUGUAUGCAAAUUCUUCUUUUAUUUAUUUGUAAAGAACGUAUAACCCCCCUAUCCUAGAUGUCUUUUGCUAAAUUAUACGUAACUGACACACAGGAGAAAAACAGCAGCUUCUCCUAGUCACAGAAGAGCUCUUGCUUCAGUCAGGGGAAACUUGUCUUGAUCUGGAAUGGUCUGUUGUCUGCAAUCAGUGAUUGUUUUGUUUGUAGCUCUAAGAAAGGCCCGGAAGCAACAGCAGUUGAUUAGCAAGAGACUUCUGCGGGAAGAUACCCAAAAUGGAGAAGGGAAAGCUGGUAUGGAGAUCCCAACAGAUCCUCUGUCAGAGCAAGAGGUGUUGCAGCUGCUCCGAGAUACCCAGAAGGGAACAGAGGAACGGAAGAAAUCACUGAGUUGCCUUCGACAGGCACUGCAGCACAAAGAGACACAGCAGAAAUUUGUCAGGUUAGAGGGCAGCAUGCGGGUGCUAAUUGGGCUGUUCACCAGUAGCCUGGCUGACGUACAGAUGGAGGCAGCUCACUGUCUGCAUGAACUCUCACACUCCAGUGACCCUGCUGUGGCUGAGGCAUGUUUGCCAGCAACUUCCUAUCUCCUAACCUACCUCUCGGGACAUAGUAUAGAAUUCACAGAGCUGUGUUUGUACACACUAGGGAACUUGGUAGUGGAGAGUGAAGCAGUGAGGAAGCAGCUUCUACCUCAGGGCAUUAUUUCAGCACUGGCCUCUUGUAUCCAGUCCCCACACGAGGCAGUGCUGGAAGGCCUGGGCUAUGUCCUGUCGCAACUCCUGCAGGCCAAAGAAGCUUCCAUCGAGAUCAUACCCUUGGUUCUGGACUCUGCUCUCCCCCAGCAUAUGCUUCAACUGGUUUGUUCCAACCUGGAGUUGGGUAUGGGAGUCGCCGUGGAAUUUGCUUGGUGUCUGCAUUAUGUUGUUUGUAGCUGCGUGAAUAAUGCCUUGUUAAUAUCCCAAGGCAUCAUGUCCACCUUGGUGCUGCUUUUGUUGGAACUUGCUUCCAUGGUAUCAAAAGCAGUUGCUGAUGGCUUGGAGUUGCUGAUCUGCCCUGUGCUGCGGUGUCUCAGUAACCUACUUGCCGAGGAGAUGGAAGGUUGUAACAUGCAGGUCCAGGAUGAGCGCUUGCUUGUGGCCUUGUUUACCUUCAUGCAGUAUUUUCUUAACCACCACCUGUUCAUCGUACAGGAGUGUCUCUGGCUUCUCAACAACCUCACAGCUGAUGAACCUUUCUUCUGCUCUGCUAUGCUUACCCUGGACCUUAUUCCAGCUCUCCUGCAGCUCUUGCCCUGUUCCCGGAUGGUGGCUUUGCUGGUUCUAACAGUGUUGUGCAACAUAGCUGAGAAGGGCUGCGCCUACUGCCAACAGCUACACCAGAAGGCUGUGCUUUCUUCGCUGAUCAGUAUCCUCACCCUCUCUGAUGCUGAAGUGGCAGGCCAGUGCCUUGAGCUGCUGCAUCUCCUCUUCCUGCAUUGGCCAGAGGCUGCUGCUGACUUUUUCACCCAAGCAGGACUGCAGGCCCUGGAACAGCAUCAGCACCACCCAGAGCUUCAGGAACGAGUAAGAGCACUCAUGAACUUGGCUACCCAGCCAACUGCAGCCUCACCCUGUUCCUUGGUUUCUUCAGCUGCUGUACCAUCUUCUCUCCCCUAGAGGCUACUGCCUCUACACUAGUUACUUUUCCUAUUAAUCACCCACCAGUUUUGUAUAUUGAUAAAUAUUUUGGAGUUUAAUAAACCAUUUUAUGAUGUCCUACUUUCA